GUAUACAAAGGAAUGUUAGCAAAUGGGAGAACUGUUGCUGUAAAUAAGUCGAAAAGUGUAGUUAUUGGAGACGAAGUGAGACAAUUCAUCAAUGAAAUUGUUCUGUCACAAGUUAUUGACAGGAAUGGGGUUAAAUUACUGGGUUGCUGUUUGGAGACUGAAGUACCCCUUUUGGUUUACGAGUUUAUAAACAAUGGAACUCUCUCUCAUUAUAUUCAGCACCCGAACGAGGAGUUUCCUCUUACAUGGGAAAUGCGGUUACAAGUUGCAACCGAAGUUGCAGGAGCACUAUCAUACUUACACUCGGCAGUUUCCUGUCCUAUUUACCACCGAGACAUCAAGUCUUCGAACAUACUGUUGGAUGAUAAAUACAGAGCCAAAGUGGCAGACUUUGGGACAUCAACAUCUGUCGCCAUUGACAAAACACACCUUACCAUGACACAGGUAAAUGGAACAUUCGGUUAUUUGGACCCGGAGUACUUUCAGACUAGCCAAUUUACGGACAAGAGUGACGUUUGUUGAGCUAUUGACAGGAAAAAAAACCAAUUUUUAAGACAGAGUCACAAGAACCCAUGAGCCUAUCACAUUAUUUUCUUCUUUCCAUGGACGAGUAUCGUUUGUUCGAUAUUCUUGAUGCCCAAGUUGUGAAAGAUGCCAGGAAGGAA